AUGCAUAUGUUUGCUAGAACCUUCAAUAAAAACCUCGUCAAGAGAGUUUCACAAGUUAGAUACUUGUCUAUUCACGAGUUCAGAUCUGCCACUUUGUUGAGACAAUAUGGCGUCGGUACUCCAAAGGGUAUUGCUGCUUUCACUCCAGAAGAGGCAUAUCAGGCUGCCAAGAAGUUGGGUACUGAUGAUUUGGUCAUCAAGGCUCAAGCUUUGACUGGUGGUAGAGGUAAAGGUCACUUUGAUACAGGUUACAAGUCUGGUGUGCAUUUGAUUAAUGGUGCUAAAGAAGCCAAAGAAGUGGCUGAGCAGAUGUUGCACCACAAUUUGAUUACCAAGCAGUCCGGUCCUGCCGGUAAGCCUGUUUCUGCUGUCUAUAUUGUCGAAAGAAAGUACGCUGAGCAUGAGGCUUACUUCUCUAUCGUUAUGGACAGACAGAACCAGUCCACUAUGGUCAUUGCCUCUUCUGAAGGUGGUAUGUCUGUUGAGGAGGUUGCCAAAAAGAACCCUGAUGCCAUCAAGAAGUUCUCUGUUGGAAUUGAUGAAGGUAUUUCUGAUGAAUUAGCUACCAAGAUCGCUUCCGGUAUGGGUUUCACCGAUGACGCUGUCUCUAAAGCUGCUACUGCCAUUAAGACGCUUUUCCAGAUUUUCAGAGAGAAGGAUGCUACUCAAAUCGAGAUUAAUCCUUUGACUGAGACCAAAGAACAUGAUAUUGAAUGUGUUGAUGCCAAGUUUAACUUUGAUAACAGUGCUGCUUACAGACAAAAGGAAGUCUUCUCCUGGAGAGAUGAGUCCCAAGAGGACCCUGAUGAGGUUACCGCUUCUCAAUAUGGCCUUAAUUUCAUUAAAUUGAAUGGUAACAUCGGAUGUUUAGUCAACGGUGCUGGUUUGGCCAUGGCUACUAUGGAUGUUGUUAAGUUAUAUGGUGGUGCUCCAGCUAAUUUCUUAGAUGUCGGUGGUGCAUCUACUCCUGCAACCAUUGAGAAGGCCUUUGAGUUGAUUAUGACCGAGAAGAACGUCAGUGCCAUUUUCGUGAACAUUUUCGGUGGUAUCGUCAGAUGUGAUUAUGUUGCUGAUGGUUUGAUUAGUGCAACUAAGAACUUGGGCUUGAAAGUGCCUGUUGUUGCUAGAUUACGUGGUACUAACUUGGAACUUGCACAGAAGAAGAUUGCCGAGUCCGGUUUGAACAAGUUGCAUUUGUUCAGCGACUUAGACGAGGCUGCCGCUAAGGUUGUUGAGCUUGGAAAGAAGUAA